ACGAAAACGAAACCGUCACAAGGACUUGACGUAAGUACUCAAUAAACAUGGCGUCCAAAGCUGCAGCAAUCCAAAUGCAAAUCAGAGAAAAUAGUGAUGAGUUAAAUGACUUCCUCAAAGAUCUCAAUCGAUGGGAAGAAGAUAUUAGGAACGAGGACAGAAAUCUUAAAACAUCCCGGAGAUUGGAAGAGAAGCUACCUCCAAUACGAACAAAGUUAAAGAAGAAGAAGGUUGAUAUGCAAGAGGAUAUAAAUAAUAAUAAAGAAAAGAAAACAAGGAUAAAAUCCUACGAUUACGAUGCGUGGUCCAAAUUUGAUGUGGAAGCUGCAUGUAAAGAUGUAAGUGAAGACGAAACUGUGGAAAAAGAAGAUGAUGAAGAUGAUGAUGAAGAAGAAGAAAUGGAAAAAAUCAGAGAACAGAAGAAACUGCAACAAGCGGUGAUGGAGAAGGAAAAGGGUAAUCAGUUAUUCAAGGAGGGCAAAUAUGACGCCGCAAUUAAUCGAUACACGGACGCUAUCGCUCUUCAUCCGAACAAUCCCAUAUUAUAUGCAAACAGAGGAAUGGCACUACUGAAAACUGAAAAGUACGCAGCUGCCGAGCAAGAUUGCAGUACAGCUCUUACGUACGAUCCGUCUUACACGAAGGCCCUGGCAAGAAGAGCUACGGCGAGGGAAAAAUUGAAAAAAUAUCUCGAUGCUUUAGAAGAUUAUCAGCAGUUGCUUUCAUUGGAACCUAAAAACAAGCAAGCAAUCACGGAGGUUCAAAAGAUCAACAAAUUGCUUGUGAAAACCAAGAACACGCCCAAACAACCUCAAGAUGGAAAAUCUGAUCCAGCGACAAAAGUAGUUAAUAAAAUUCGACGGUCAAACAAACCGUUAAAGCGAAUACAUAUUCAGGAGGUUGGGAUAGAGGAGGAAGAGGAAACAUCGAAUGAACCAAGAGAUAAGAAAGUCGAGGAUAUACCAGUAAAUGACAGGGUGCCCCGUAUUAACCACGUGUCAGUAGAGAAUAAAGAUACGCCCAUCCCGACUUCUUCUUUCAUGUUUGAAACCGAAUUUAAAAGACUAAAGAAUGACUGCGAGAGUUUAUACCAAUAUCUGCGAAAGAUUCCAGUAUCGAGUUAUCAAAGUUUAUUCCAUCAAUGCAUUGACAUUUUGAUGCCGUCAUUUCUGAAGGUUUUAUCUCAAUGUUACAUCAGAGACAAGUUACCUUAUGAGGAGGAAUUGAAAGCCAUGGCGACAGUGAAACGAUUCGAUAUGGCCAUCAUGUUCUUAGCGAGGGAGGACAAACAAAUUCUAACGAACCUGCUGCAACAUUUGUCGAAAGACAAGGAAGAAACUCGUGGCUUAGCUAAGAAGUACGGUGUUCACAUAUGACAAAAUCUUGAACAGCUGCUGUGAAUGGUUUAAAUUUAAAUGCGACGCAGCAAGAUUUAUUUCUGGUGCAAAUGUUUUUAUGACACAAACAGAAAAGAGAUUCUAAUUUUAUUUCUUGUAUGAAUCUCAUCAAAAUCAUCAAUGGAUAUUUCAUCCAAAAAAAAUGCUUUGUUUAUUUCGGAAUGUUACGAAUGGUUUUUUGUGAAUUCCAUGAGUGAACAAAUAAUAUCCUUGACGCUACAUAGAAAAGGCAUUCUCCGGGACGUUAGCUUUUAUUGGGCGGGCUAUUUGGUUUAUGUCCAAAGAAUAAAAAAUCGUGGAUGUAUUUAUUAGAUACAAUUACGAAAUUUUAAAUUCUUGGAACAUUUCUGUAGUAUUUUUUGACAUUCUUUCAUAGUUACUAAUGAUAUCAUUCUUA